CCACCUUGCACAAGGUUGUCUCGGUUAUUUGGCAGCAAUUUUGAAAUUUCAUUGACGUUUUUUUACGUAUGUAAAUUUGAUUCAAAGACGUAUCCUGUUAAUAAAAGCGCCGAGUGUAAAACUAUUGUAAAAAUUUUAAACGUAAACCAGCUAUAGUGAAUUCUACCAGUCCGCAUAUUCCAAGAAAAUCUACAAGUCUAGAAACCAUGGCACCAAGACGACUUCUACCGCGAGAGUGUCCUCACUGCUGCAAAAUUUUCAAAACGGGAUGGCGCUUAAAGCUUCAUCUCGUAUGUCACGAGACAGAUGCGCAGGUUAAGUGUGACAUUUGUAAGAAAGUCUUAAAAAAUCCGGUAGUACUGAAGACCCACGUUCGGGUGAGCCACAUCAAUCAGGAAAAAUAUGGGUGUCCAAUUUGUCCUCGUGAAUUUAUGAUCGCGGCAAAUUUGAAAAGACAUGUAGACGCUCUCCACAGCAAGAUACCGGAACCACGCUUCCCAUGCAAAUUUACAGGCUGUCAGAAAACAUUUAAGAACAAAGCUUCGGCCUGGUCGCAUUUCAACGUGGACCAUGCCGUGAAUCCUGUCCGAUUUCGGUGUAGUCUUUGUAGCAGAGAAUUUAAGGCGAAAGGAAACUUAAAUCGACACAUUGUUUCUCACACGACGGAGAAGGCCUUCAAGUGCGCCACGUGUGAGAAGGGUUAUCAGCAAAAGUGCGAGUUAGUGAAACAUCAGGCCACACAUCAAGCGAAGUGGGUCAGACUUUUGCUAAAUUGCCCGUCGUGUCCACGCACUUUCUUGGACAAAUCCGGUUUGCUAAGACAUUUUAAGGAUCACCACGUCAAUGAGAGGAACUACCCGUGCAGAAAGUGCGGCAAGAUACUAAAAACUGGGGAUGGUUUGAAAAUGCACGUAAUGGCGGAACACUCAACAACCCCGGGAAAACUGCAGCAUUCCUGCAGUCGGUGCGAAUAUACAAGUUUCCACAAAAGUGUGGUACGGACCCAUGUGAAAAGGGUACAUUUCGGCGUUGUGGGAAAGAACGAAUGUUAUUUUUGUGGGAAAAGAUUCUUCGCUUUUUCUCAACUUGUCGCGCACUGCAAUUGGAGACACACAAUGGACACAAAUAGAAAAUUUGGCAUGUAUAAAUCUUUAAGCAGUAAAUAAUUUUUUGAUCAUAUUGUUACCGACGGCGGUGCAUUGGAUUUGGGGACACGAUUAAAAGUGAAUACACACUUAAUUUAAAUAUUGAUACUUAUGUAUAAACUAUCACCUUGGGUAUACUUCGUUUUAUUCCUCGUAUGUAGUAGGUGAACGAUUAGAAUUAAAUUUAUGGAAUAUUUCAGAUGUAAAUUAUUGUAAUUAACAUUUGAUUAAAAUAUUUACAUUGGUUUAUGUA